ACCACGGCACAAACAGAACAUUGUCCCUCUUCGCCGCACCCUCCUCCUCUUCUACUUCUUCUCUCUGCAAGUGUGUGGCAUUGAUAGGUUCGCUUCAAUGGCAGCCUUUGAUCACUUCAGGAACAUGUACGAUGUUGCACUCAAACCUCGCUUGCUUCAUUCCCUUAUCAGAGACCACCUUCCCAAUGAAAAGCACCCCUUUUCAAACCCUUCGGAACUGUCCAAGGUUGUCUCUUUGGUCAAAACGCACUCUCUUCUCUCUGAGUCUUUUACAGAAUCCAUGGACCCCAAGCUUAUUCAAGCAUGGAAAUCUGAAGUUACUUCCUGGGUCAACCACAUUCUGUCCCUCCUUUCUACUACUAUGCCAGAUAAAUGCUGGGCGGGUAUCUCUCUGUUGGGUGUUACUUGUGAAGAGUGUAGCUCUGAUCGUUUCCUAGAAUCUUACUCUCUGUGGUUCCAGAAAUUGCUGUCUUUUCUACAGUCACCAUCAGAUUCUCAUUUAGUGAGGGUAGCUUCUUGCGCUUCCAUAUCUGAUUUAUUUGCAAGGUUAAGUGGAUUUCCUAAGAUCAAGAGAGAUUCGUCUUCCUGUGCUGUGAAAGUUGUUCAGCCUGUUUUGAAGAUGUUACAAGAUGACAACUCAGAGGCAAUAUGGGAAUCCGCAGUUCAUUUGUUAUGCACCAUAAUUACUUCAUUUCCAUUUUCUAUUCGUAAUCAUUAUGAUAGUGUUGAAUCUGUUAUUGCCAUAAAGCUUUUCUCUGGAGGGUGCAGUCUUAAUAUGUUGAAGAAACUUGCACAUUGCCUUGCACUGCUACCAAAAUCAAAAGGAGAUGAAGAAAGCUGGUCUGUGAUGAUGCAGAAAAUUUUGGUCUUAAUAAACGAUCAAUUAAAUUUGGCCUUUCAAGGUCUAGAAGAAGAAACUAUCCGUAACGAGGUUAAUAGGUUGUUGGUUCUGUCUGGAAAACACCCUCCACCUACAUUAAGAGGCUAUAUGUUGUCAGAAGAAGCUAGUAACAAAGCAUCAAAGAGGUCUGAGCAAUCAUUAAUGUCUAAUGUCUCCACACUUAUGUUUGGCUGUUGCUUGAUGCUUACAAACUCAUAUCCUGUUAAGGUAAAUGUGCCUGUUCGCCUGCUAUUGGCCCUUGUUGAGAGAAUUCUGAUGGUUAAUGGAUCUUUGCCACAAAUAUCACUGCCAUUCAUGACUGCUAAGCAGCAAGAGAACAUUUGUUCAGAGCUUCCGGUUUUGCACUUGAGCAGCCUGGAAUUGCUUACAGCAAUCAUAAAGGCCAUGGGCAGUCAACUAUUACCACAUGCUGCAUAUAUCGUACGUAUCAUUACAAAGUACUUCAAGACAUGUCAGCUGCCAGAAUUAAGGAUUAAGGUCUAUUCAGUCACAAGGACUUUGCUCAUAUCCAUGGGUGUCGGAAUGGCUUUAUGCCUUGCACAGGAAGUUAUCAACAACGUGUUUGCUGAUUUAAGUACUGUUGAGAAUAAGAAUGGUGGCACGUUGAAUGGUUCAAAUUCAAAUGCCUCUGCUGGAGCACUCCUACCCCCAAGUCAUAGAAAAAGGAAGCACAGCAGUACAACUGGUUCUCUCCAAGAUCUUGAAAAAAGUGGUGAUUUGAGAGUGGAAGUUCCAAAGAAUCAUUCAUUGACUCCAAUUUCUCUGAGGAUAGCUGCACUUGAGGCGUUAGAAGCUCUUGUUACUGUGGCUGGUGCUUUAAAAUCUGAGCAAUGGAGAUCAAAAGUUGAUAGCCUUUUGAUAGUCAUAGCAACGGAGUCUUUCAAGGAAGGAUCAGUAAAUGAAGAAACAAGUGCAUUUCAGCAAAAAGAACCUACAGAAAAUGGCACACAUUUGCAGCUUGCUGCAUUGCGUGCUCUAUUGGCAUCUUUUCUUUCAUUUGCUCGGGUACGGCCACCAUAUUUAGUCCAGGGUCUCGAACUUUUCCGUAGAGGGAAGCAACAAACAGGAACAAAACUUGCUGACUUCUGUGCCCAUGCUCUGUUAACCUUGGAAGUGCUUAUACAUCCUAGGGCACUUCCAUUAGCUGAUUUCGCCUAUGCAAAUAACAAUUCUUUUGAGGAAGCUCAGUGUAACUUCCGAGAUGAAUAUGUCGGCCGGAACAACAGUACCGCAUCAUAUGGUUUACCAAAAGCAGUUCCUCCUGACUAUGAUGACGAUUUGUGCGCUAGAUGGUUUGAAAAUGGCAAUGAAGCCGAUGCGUCAUUGGCUAAAACCACAAAAUACACCCAAGAGCCUUCUGAAGCUUGUAGAGCUAAUGACCCCAAAGUGCUUUCCAUGCCUCUAUCUCCUAUCACCAAUAUACAAGAGAGGACUCAGAAGGUAUCUGUGACUACCACUUGUGCAGAUGUUGAAAUGAGAACUGUUGUGGAUGAAGUCAUGAUCAAGACAGAUCAAUCUGGAGAAUCGGUGGCACAAUUUCAGGAACCUGUCAGUUGCACCACGAACAUCCCCGUGGCUGAAGCUCACGGCGAUGUAGCAACUGAUGUAGUGUCUGAGGGGAUAGUUUCUGAAAGCACUAUGCCUCAUAAUGAAGCCAGUGUUAUGGAAUCAGGACAAGGAAGCUUGGUUAAUAUCGACUUUGAAUUAGCUUCCCAGAGCAACAGUUCAAUGCAGAGAACAUCAGAUUCUAAAAUGAGUCAAGAAUUUGAUUUUAAAUUGGAUUAUGGCAAUUCACUGGCUGAUGAAGAAGCUUUUCCUGAUAUUGUGGAUGCAGACCCAGAUUCUGAUUCUGAUUAAUGGGAAGAUUUUGUAGCUUAUUUAUUCAAUGAAACAUACAUAUUCAAUGUCAUUCUCUUUUUCUAUCAGUUUUCCAAAGGUAAUGCCGCAUGUAACUUUUGAAUCACCAACAAGUAUUUUAUAGGUUUUUUUUUAAACUGUGUUGUGAAACAAGUAUAUGUAGUCUCUGGUACAAUUAGAUUAUAUUUUAUAGUUUUUUUUUAAUCAAAAUGAUUUUU